ACAGCUGAUAUGGGGAAAAGAACCAGAAAGGCGAUAUGGAAGUGCGAAAUGAAAUCGUGGGCGUUUAAUGAAACGAAGAAUUGAUAAAAUGCUCUAGUGAUAUCGCAUAUCCAUCUUAUCGACGUUCUCGAGAAGUGCACAUAAUUUGGGUCAAACCAUCAGCCGAACCAUUAAAACGUGGGCACACCAGGAACAAUUAGGCUGUCAAUUAGCAUCAAAAUAUUUCAGAUUCGUCUCUUCGGCAGUAUUUCACCCGACUGAUCUUUGGCACCGUCAAUUACAUCCUAAAUCUCAUCCACUCAGAUUAUUUUUGUUUUGUUUUACUGUAAGCCACGGCAAACCAGGGCCUACCAGAGCAAGAGGCCAGCUGACGCACGCGAACACGCACCGACGAGAGGCUGGGAGGCGUGCAAUGUGGCAGAAAACAAACGAAAACGAUACUAUGGCAUGAAAAGAAACAAACAUAUCUAAGGAUCAGAUUCUGAAGAGAGAUGGUAGUUGCCAGAGAGGCGAUGGUAGUGACGACCAGACGACGUUAACUUGUCACUUUUUCUGCUGGAGACAGUAAGAUUGUUCCAGUUCCUUUCGUGUGUUGGUGCGUCGGUGUGUGUGUGUGUGUGUGUGCACGCGCGUGUACGCACAUUCGUCUACAACGAUGAAUUACAACUGGAGAUGUUCAUGCGUUUCGUUGUGGCUUUUCCAUUUGUUCGUUUGUACAAGAACAGGUGCUGCCUUAAUGUGUGUCAGUUGUGACAGUACCACGGACCCUCUCUGUGAGGCCCGGCCUCCGCCCCCCAUCAACUGCUCGACGUGUAUAGCGCGAGAUAUCCAGGGCAACUGUAUCCCAGGAAUGGAGAAUAAGUUCUGCAUGAUCGUCAGGGAGAUAGAUGAAAAUGGCACUCAACUGACGUUCUCUAGGAGUUGCAGCCCAUUUUAUUUGUCCAGUUUCGAAUACUGCCAAAAAGGGGUCACAGAAAUAGGUCCCCCGAGACGGAAAAUCGAAAUCCAAGUGUGUUAUCAGAGCUGUGCGGAAGACGGUUGUAACAGGGCUCGCAGUUUGGGGAAUACUUGGCUGUGGUACUUCUCAGUGAUUGUGACACUGUGUUUUUUCUCCACGCGGAGCUGAUGGCCACGGCAGUUGAUCUGUGAAGAGACUGCGUCCAGGCAACUAUUAUGUACAACUCAGUUGUACUUUGUAUAUUUUAGAGAUCGGCUAUAUUUUCUGUGACAACAUUUAUAAAAGUCGUUUAUAACGGUGAAAAGAGAGAGAGAAAAAAAGGCCCAUGAUGUCGAUAUGACUUGAACUUUAUCCUAUAUUUUCGAAAAUCAAAUAAUGGGAAUAUAUUUUUCAAAGCAGUAUCGACUGAAGUCAAACAAACCCUUCUCUUCAAGACCAUUUUACAAUGUUCUACUGCAUUAGAACCCUUUAGUUUGCCAAUGGCGGACCUUGUGGAAAUACAAGAGCUCGGUGUAAUCUACAUACCAUUGGAUGAACACCGAAUGGUUUGGCUGAAGUUCGGCCCCGUAAGCCUAAGCACAGUAGCACUACUUCAUUGGAACUCCCUUUGUCUUUAUAAAUUUGUUUAACUGUAACUUCAAGAAUGCAUCACUUUGCAUCACAUCAAACAGCAAGAUCGAGUAAAUUAAGAGCUAAAGUAUGUGGGUCGAGGAAGCAAUUUUAGUCAUCUGCUUUUAAAAGUGAAAGAUUAACUGUUCAAAGACAGAGUUUAGAAUCAUCGCAUCCGCCAACACACUUUUGCCAUGAAGGCGUGUCGCGAUAUGCGCAGUAGGAGAAGAUAACCAACAAGAUGUUUUAUUGAAUAAACCAAAAAAAAAAA